AUGGACGAGGAAGGAGAUGGAAAAAAGCCUCCGGAGCAGGAAAUCAAAUCCACUCUGCCCCCAGCUGCUGGGUCGACGAGGAAGAAGCCGCGCGGACCACCAACGGAGGCCGAGCGGCAAUUCGCCGCCGCUGCGGUGGAGGUCAUGUGCGGUGGCGCCACGCCCGAAGCACAGCACGCUUUCAUCCUACUCCAUCCGCGUCUCCUGCCCUCCAACCCGCCCUCCUCGGCGCGACGCGCCACCCGCCGUCUCUUCCAGCUCUGGCUUCGCGAGCUCACAGCAACACUGAGCGCUCCGGGCCAGCAGCCGUCGGCCGACGACCUCCUCAGGCGCCAAAGUCUGCUGAGCUUCAUCCACGUGUGGGCCAAGCACUUCCACGGCGACCUCUCGCCGUCGCGCUGCUCGGCGGCUAUCAAGUUGCUCUCCCUCGUUCUCACUCCGUCAUCGCACAACCCUGCCACACCACCCCAAUCCCCCUCAUCAUCAUCAUCUUCAUCAUCCACCGAUGCCACGUCAUCAUCGCCGUCAUCGCCGUCACCGUCGGCUUCGCCCAAACGCCGGCCUUCGCUCAACGACGAACACCGGCGCAUGCUCAACGAGUUCAAGCUCCUGUUCCUCCAGCACAGGGGCGGCGCUGCCAGUCGGACCGACCGGCUGCUGAUUGACGCCGCCGCGGCCGCCGCGGCCGCCGAGUCAUCGCCGCCGCUCUCGCCCUCGAGCCCCUCGCGCGCGUCCAUGUCCCUCACGUCGUCUCCCUCGCUCCACCUGGGCUCCGCGUCGACACCGCUCGCGUCGGCGCCGCUCCUCCACUCCUCAGCCUCCAGCGUGCCAGCGCUCCGGUCGUCCACCAGCCCGCGCGCUCGUCACUCGGUCGCCGUCACCUCCCUCCCCCCUGAUGACGGCGGGGCGAAUGCUGACGUCAGCCUGACGCGGCCCGUCCAGUCGCGGUCGGCCGAGAUGGCGGUUGUGUCCGGUCGAACGAAUUCCAAGAAUGGUCGGCUGCACACUUCCGACGAAACGAGCCUCGUCAGCGGCUCCAGUGUCGACAAGAACUCGCCGCGGGACUCACCAGCCAGCGGCGGGGAGAGUGUGGUCGAGUCCGAUGAGUUGGCGGUGACGGCGAAGGAGAGCGGCCGGCGGCGUGGGCGUGCGUCGAUGCACGUACGGUCGGACUCAGUGGGCGCCAUCCUGUCGAUCCCGCAGCGGCCGGGGCGGCGCACGCCGCGGCUGCGCUUCCUCGACGUGCCGCUCGAACUGCUGGCCGAGGAGAUGGCCGCGCACGAGAUCAGGCACGUUGUGCUGAUGCACGCGGUUGGGCCGAGGGAAUUCCUGAACCAGGGCUGGCAGAAGAACGCCGACCUCAACCUGGCGCCCAACAUCACGGCCAUCAUCGACCGCUUCAACCAGGUUUCGUACUGGACCACGACCGAGGUGCUCACCAAGGACACCCCGCAGCUCAUGGCCAAGACCAUCAAGCGCUUCAUCAAGCUCGCCUGGAUAUUCUACGAAAUGAACAACUUUAACUCGCUCAUGGAAAUCGUGAGCGGUCUCAACUCGGCCGCCGUCCAGCGGCUGUCGGUGUGGAAGGAGGUGCCGGAGAAGUACGCUCGACGAUUCCGCGAGAUGGACGCGCUCAUGGAGAUGAAGCAGAACUACCGCAGCUACCGCGAGCGCCUCGCCGAAUUGCUGCCAUUCCUCCUCACCAGCCCCGCCUCCCCCGCCGCCUCCGCCUCGUCCCCCCUCACCUCCCUCCAUUCCUCGCAUUCCCUUCCGACUUCGCUUUCGCUCUCCAUCGCCGCCGUCUCCGCCUCGGCCUCGGGUGCGGCCGCAAGCGCCCAGCAGCCGCCCGCCUCGCCAUCGUCGUCGGCGUCGAGCAAGAAGGCGGGCAAGGUGGUCCCCUAUUUCGCGGUGUUCCUGCGUGACGUCACGUUCGCGAUGGUGGGCAACCCGCUCUACCUGCCGCCGGCCCAGAAGCCGCCGACGACGAAGGCAAAGCCGACGACGGCCUCGCCCGCCCGCCCGCGCCGCAGGCUCAGCGAAUCCGACGCCGAGAAUGCCAAGAAUGUCGAAGAGAACGAAAACAAGAACGAGAACGAAAGCGAAGACGAAGAGGGGGAGGAGGAGAUGCAACGGGGCAGGGAGACGCCGAUCGAGGGCGGAGCCAUCAACAUGGACCGGGUGCAGCUCAUGUACGACCAGGUGCAGACCUUCCAGCUCCUGCGGCACGAGAUGCGCGGCUACGAAUUCCUCGAACGGCAGAAGCGUGAGAAGGAGGACAAGGAGUUCCUCCGGCGGCUCAUCCGCGAAUACCAGGCCGAUCUCCGCGCCAUCACCAAUGCCGAUUUGCUGUACGACCUCUCGUUGGCCGCUGAGGGGAACGCGCUCCCGGCCAACGCGCUGUCAACGUCGCCAGGCCCGCGCUCGCCGGCGCGUCAAUCGGUCAUGGCCCCGGCGGCCCCGCCGCCACCGCCCUCGUCGCGUAACUCGCUGUCGUCUUCGUCGUCGACCACAGCGACGCGCCAGACGCUGCCGUCGCUCGUGUCGGCAUUCGGCUCGAUUGCGUCGUCGUCGUCGGCCGUCGUCUCGCGCGACUCGUCGCGCACCCACCGGCUCUCCGUGUCGAAUUCCCUGUCGCCGCCGCUCUCGCCCGCGUCGUCGUCGCCCAUCGCCUCGGCCGCGGCCGCAUUCUCGCGCAGCUCGAGCGGCAGCAUCCGCCUGCGCAGCGCCUCCGACGACGCCGGUAUGGCGGCGUCCGGGUCGUCUGUCGACGUCGACACCGGCGACGACACCGAAGACGACGAUGUCGACCUCGACUACGGCGACGUCGAGCCCGAAGCGGCGGCCAAGCAGCGCCAGUCCCCCAAGCCCACCACCCGGCGCAAGAGUCGGCUGCGGCGCAAGGACGUGCAGUCGAUGCGGCGCGUCGCCAGCUCGCCGGACAACAACAAUGGCGGCGGCGAUGAGGCGACGACGACCAAGGCGGCGGCGAAGAGGCCGACGGCCAGCAGCAGCAGCCGCAGCGCGUUCGGCCUGCGACGCAGCAGCGAGCCGUCGGCGGCCGAGGCCGAGCUCUCGUCAACAUCGUCGUCGUCCGAUUCGUCACCCUCGACCACCGCCAACGGCGACCUCUUCACCUCGUCGUCGACCCUCAGCCUCGCUCACCUCCUCCACGCAUCGUCGUCUUCGUCGUCGCCGUCAUCGUCAUCAACAUUGUCGACCUCACCCCCUUCAUCGUCGUCAUUGUCGACGAGCAAGGGCAGUCGACGCGAGUUCACGUUCCACAAGGGCAAGGCCAACAUCAGCGACGGCGACCUGGUGAGUAAGGUGGCGGUUGAGGUGCGCAGCUUCGUGGGAAACGUGAGCCGGCCGCUGCUCCUCACCUUCCGCGACACGUUCGACGACUUCCUGGGCAAGGCCGGCCUGCGCCACGAGAACUCGCCCGUCGUCUCGUUCCUUUACGAGGCCCCGCGCUCGAGCCCCCCUAGCGGCGAGUCGACCACCACGCCCACGCCUGCUGCAGCUACGACGGCGGUGGUAAAGGGCGAGAAGCUGGUGGUGGAGGACGACGAGGGGUUCGACGCCUUCAAGCGCUGGGCGCUCCGGCAGAGCGAGCGGGCCACCAUUGACGUCUGGCUCUUUGUCGGGGUCUACUGA